GGCACACCGCCGUUUAUCCAGGUGUGAUAGUUUAGGAACGAAGUGGCAGGUUCUGCGGUGUUAUUUAAUGUUCAGCUGUGGCCAGGCGGAAGGAUCUGUGUGAUCUUUGUAAAUAUUGGCAGCGGCGGAGCGAGAGGCAGAGUGGCGCGCUUCUCUGGAUUCUGGGAUUAUCUGAUUUUUCUUGUGUAUAAAUGGCCGGACUACCGAAGGAUUGUCAUCGUGUUUCCGUCUUAUUUCGCCCGUGAGAAAGACCGAGGGCUCCGCUACUAUCUGGGAUUUAUUACGCGAAUAUUUUCCGGGUGUGUUUUCAUUUUUUUUGGGAGAAGACACGAGCAGCAUGCUGCUCUCCAAACUGGGCUCCUUCUCUCACAUCCCGUCCAGCAUGGAUCUGCCGGCGAAGCUCCAGCUGCAGCAAGCCAAAGCGGAGAAGCAGCCGUUUGAGAAGCUGUACCGGCUGGGCUCGGUGCUCGGCAGCGGGGGAUUCGGCACAGUCUACUCGGCUGUCCGCCUAGCCGACGGGCUGCCGGUGGCGGUGAAGUAUGUGUGCAGGGACAGAGUGACUGAGUGGGGCUCUCUGUGCGGCACGGUGGUUCCUCUGGAGAUCGUGCUGUUGAAGAAGGUGGGCGGGGCAUUUGGCGGCGUGGUACGGCUGCUGGACUGGUGGGAGCGGGUGGACGGCUGGCUGAUGGUGAUGGAGUGUCCCGAGCCGGGGCAGGAUCUGUUUGAUUACAUCACGGAGCGCGGCGCGCUGGACGAGGCGGCGGCGCGCGGCUUCUUCCUACAGGUGCUGGAGGCCGUGCGUCACUGCUACACCUGCGGCGUCGUCCACCGAGACAUCAAGGACGAGAACCUGCUGGUGGACCUGAGGACCGGACAGAUCAAACUCAUCGACUUCGGCUCAGGGGCCCUCCUCAAAGACACCGCCUACACAGAGUUCGAUGGUACGCGGGUGUAUAGUCCUCCGGAGUGGAUCCGGUUCCGCCGGUACCACGGUCGCUCGGCCACCGUCUGGUCACUCGGCGUGCUGCUGUAUGACAUGGUGUGUGGGGACAUCCCCUUCGAACAGGACGAGGAGAUCCUGAGAGGACGGGUCUACUUCAGACGCAAAAUCUCCUCAGAGUGCCAGCAGCUGAUUGGCUGGUGUCUGAGCCAGCAGCCGUCCGACCGGCCAACCCUGGAGCAGAUCCUCCUCCACCCCUGGGUGACGAGCAGCGACGGACAGCAGACAGACAACGGUGGCGUCACGCUCCACGCCUUCACAGCUGACUCCUCCUCCUCGUGUUCCUCCUCCAGCCAGCAGAGCCUCUGAUUGGUCAAAGAGAGGCUGCCGGAGGGCGUGGCAUGAAUUUGACUGACAGAUGUCCUCCGGUGGUGUUUGACUUUAGUUACCUUGUGAUUGUGGCGUUUUCGCUUAGAAGUGUUGGAGCGAGUCGCGGCCACAGUUGAGGUUGACUCUGCGCUGCUCCACAGCGCCCCCUCCUGUUCACUGACGAUGGAGCAGCUCUUAUCGAGCCUCAGCACCUGCGUUGUUUUCCAUUUGGUGUGAGUGCCUUGAGUUUGAAAGCUGCCAUGGGAGGAGCGUCUCCACGGUAACCAACUGCUGAUCAGUAGGAGGUGUAGAGGGUUCUUCAGAGGUUCCUUUAGUUUAGAUCAGGGGUUUUCAAAGUCUGAGACUGUGGGCCUCCCCUCAGAGCUUGGAAAAAGAACCCCUCCUCACCCCCCUUAGUUUACUUGCUUAGCUUCGCUCAAUUCUUGGAUGCCUGUGGGAUCGUGAUUAUGUUAUUUGAUCCCUUAGACACUCAACAGUUGAGCCAAGAUAGCCUAAUAUUGCUUUGUGACAUUAAGUAGACUACACCAAAUACAUAAAAAAAAAAAAAUUAAAAAAAAGGUCUGUCCUAAGACUUUUAUUAGGAAAGUUGGAAAAACUGUAAAAUUCCACAAAAAUACUGCAUCUCUGAACUAUCUCUAUAACCAAAUCGCACACAUUUAGGCUAUUCUAUGUGAUCUCCUUUUGAAAUGUAAUAUUCUUUCACUUCGAAUCACUGAGCCUCCCUGGUUUAGAUAAUAAAGUUCGAACCCAAAGAACCCUUAUGGUUAAAUCACAGAGGAACCCAGCCAAGUCCAAAAAACAUUGUUUUACAACGUAUGUCUGUCUGAUUUUUACUAUCAGUUAAAGUGGUGAUUUACUCAACACUUUCAUUACUGCAAUGAGGGGCCACACGAUACAACAUAUAAUCAUAUGUAGGGCUGCAACUAACUGUUAUUUCUCACUUUGUCAAUUAUUUUGUCCAUUAAUUGUUUAGUCUGCAAUACUGAAGCACAAUGCAUUCACCAAAGAAAAAAGUAAUUGAACCCUAUUUGGCUAUAUCUCAAAAGUUUGACUUCAGCCGACAGAUCUCGUAACUACGAGAAAAGCAUCGUGUUAUUAUGAGAAAAGGUUGAGGUGGUUAUCAGUCAUUGGCAGAAGCAUCAUGGCGCCACGGGAUUUUAUUUCCUCGUUGGUUUGAGACCCUGGGAGAUAUUAAUGUCACUGAGUAACGUGGUUGGUGAUAUUAGUAAGUCCUUGGGAUUGUUCAGGCGGACAUGACGCUGACCUGCCGGGAUGCUUCAUGGAUACAAAGUCAUCAUAAUGCAUCAAAGAUGGCUUUUUAUAUACGUAUAUCACAUACUUUUAUUUUGAUAGGUAGGCCUCUUGACAAAAAUGGUUCCCCCAUAGUAUUUUGACAGUUGUUAAACAAAAAUUGUGACCCUACAUAUUCAGAUAUUAAAUACGAAAAUUUUUAUAUUUGUGAUGGCACAAACUUAAAUUUAUAGCUCAGUCUGUAGACCAACACCUCACCUGACCUGAAUAUUUGGUCAAAACAUUUUCAUGAAGUUGAUGUUCUAGUGUCUCAGAAUCUGACGGGUCACAGAUUUCAGUACACCGAAAUCACAGCUAUCAAUGUGUCUAAAUACUUUUUGUUUGGUGACGGCUAUUAAAACAAAAAAACAUUAACAGUGGCAAUAUGGCUGAAAUUCACAGAAUCUGGUGGGUCACAGAAUGUAGUGAAACACGUGUUUUCUCGUGACUAUGACCUAGUAAGUCAUAACUACGAGAUAAGGCCUCCAAUUUUCUCUUUGGUGAAUGCAGUCCGUACAAUAAGGUGUGAGAAAAUAGUGAAAAAUGUCCAUCCCAGUUCCCGGAGUCCAACGUGACGUCUUCACAUGUCUUGUUUUGUUAGACCGACAGUCCCAAACCAUCUGUACCAACCCAGAGAUAUUCUGAAGAACGUUUUCCUGUCCUCCUGAGGAACCGCACCCCACCCACCCUGUGAUGUCAGCGAAGGGUGGGGAUACUUGAAACUAGGGUUGCCAACCGUCCCGUAAAAUACGGAAUCGUCCCGUGAUUAGAAACUAAAAGAUGUAUUCUAUAUUGAACUGAUGCGGGGCGCUCUUUGUUCCGUUGUUUUAUUUUUUUUUAGAAUCAAUUUUAGUGCAAGUCUAUGGGAGAGAAAUACAGGUUAGACUUUUCAAAACGGGGGCGAUUUUUGGACGAGAUUGAAGGAAACCCUCCUGCUCUGUCUGUCAUGUUAUGUUGACCAAUGAGAAGCAUGAGUGACAGUGUUGCUACGAUACGCCUGACAGCAGCGCGAGAUCUGUCAUUUCGUUUUCUUAUUAUUCGCUGACGUGACGACUCAUCGUAGAGCCGGAGUUUGUCUGGUAAAUGGUUGAAGCCAUUGCAGUUUCCUUGAUGAUUAUGUAUGGUAUGACUGGGACUUCUUCUCACAACCAAGUAUGUGGGCAUUAUACAUUAUAUCUUUAGAUACGCCAACCAUGCAAUAGCCUCAGAAAGGCUAAAUAACAACAACAUAAGGCUACUCUUUGAAAAUCAAAGAAUACAUUCACAGGCCUGCAAUUAAGUCAUUUUUAGGGCAAGGCCACUUUGGCCUUUUGAUAAAUACAAAUUUAUUGGGUCAUUGCGGCCAAAAUGUAGGGCACCGAGGCCAAAACCAAUGAUGCAGUAACAACAAGUGAUAAUUACAUAGUAUGAAGACAAAACAGGAUACAAUCAACAAUUAGGAGUCAGCCAAAACAUGACUGUUUCGAUACUUGACUGUUACAUGAAGCAAACGUUUAUACUCAGCAAACAUCUCACUUCCUUCUGUUUUUUACUUUUUUGUCUGAACACAAACGGGCGAGGAUUUUUCGCGACUAAAACACAGGCUAGAAAUGAACAAAAUUGUCAUUUAUAUCAGGAGAUGUCUGAUAUAAUAAGUCAGUCUGUAAAUCUCACUUGUCUAAAUUGUGUUCUGAAAACAUGAUUUUCUUCUCCCUCAGUCUGCGAGUGUAAAAUGCACAGUCAAUGCAAAUAUUCAGUUUUGUAUUUUGAAUAUAUGUAUUUGUUUUUUAUAUGUGUGUGUGUGUGUGUGUAUGUAUACAUGUUUUGUACAUUUCUGAGUUUUAUUUAUUUUGUAAAGAGACAUUCCUCAUCCUAUGGUAAUUUAUUGAAGUUGUCUUCUGUCUAACUUUUCUAAAAUGUUUUUUUUAUUUUUGCUAUUAAAAAAAAAAGUCAACUCUGGUUUAGGUUUGAGUUUGGUCACGUUAGGUUGAAGAGUUUUAACUAAUUUCUUGUUCUCGUUCCAUUUGUUACAGUUUUUGGUUUUAUAUACAAUUCUGACAGGAAAAAAGUAUUUUUUGAUGGAAUUUUUUCAAAUUAAACCUUUUUGUAUAUAAACUGA